AUGCUGCUUCUGCUCCCUUGACUCGUCCCUGCCGCGCACAGCCUGUCAGCUCUUUUCUGUUGGAAUCAAACUGCCUCUUAACGGAUCCCCAGCUCUAUUGAUGAUGCUUAUUACUGGAGGGGAAUCUGCACUGUAUUUAGCUGUCGACUUUGGAUUUUUCUGAGCCUGAAGUUGGAUUUUUUUAUUAUACUUUGUGGACUUUUUAGGUUUUUUAUUGUAUACUGACAUCCCCUUUACCGUCCAUUCCAGGAGGUUUGAUAUUUUAUGAAUGAACCAAAGAAAUACAAAUCUACUUGACACCAGGAAACAGAUGAACUCUGUGGAUUUUAAGCCAGUUAGUACUUUUGGGGGGGUUAACUCACUCUCCUGCUGAGAUCAGACAGAAGGAACGACCAUCCGGAUGCACGGUUCUUCAUUAAGGUGAACAAAGUGAAGUUGUUCAAUCUAAUGUGAGUUGUAAAUGCAACUUUUCCCAAUUUGUGGUGGGCUACCAACAAGGAAGGGAGUGUGCAGUCAAUAUCACCAGUGGAGCCAGGGAUAAAAUGCCAGCGAUCCUUGUGGCCUCAAGCAUGAAGUCAGGACUCCCCAAACCGGUACACAGCGCACUGCCCAUCCCGCAAGUCCCCAGCAGGCAAUCAGCUCUCACUCAGUCCGCUGUGCCACUGAAGACUCAAAUUCCAUCUCUGAACCAGCAGUUGACCUCGGGACGUCCACGAGGCCCAGCAACAGUCUCAGAGAUCAGAAGAAAUGCUCAGAUCUACACAGACUGGGCCAACCAUUACCUUGCCAAGUCAGGACACAAGCGUCUGAUCAAGGACCUUCAGACAGAUGUUGCAGAUGGAGUGCUGCUUGCUGAGAUCAUACAGGUCGUAGCCAAUGAGAAGAUAGAUGACAUCAAUGGCUGCCCCAAGAGCCGCUCUCAGAUGAUUGAAAACAUUGACGCCUGCCUCAGUUUCCUGGCAGCCAAAGGAGUCAACACUCAGGGAUUGUCUGCUGAGGAGAUUCGAAAUGGCAAUCUAAAAGCCAUCCUUGGCCUCUUCUUCAGCUUGUCCCGGUUCAAACAGCAGCAGCAACAGCAGCAGCAGUCCCAGCGACACAACGCCCAGCCUGUCCUCCCCCCUACAACACAGCCUCGGAGCUCCCACCCUCCCCUGAGCCAGCAGAGCAGUGCCCCAGCUCAGCUGAGCCAGUCUACGCAUGGGACUCUUGCCCCAUCAACCCAGAAAGCAGCACAGGCCGAGAUGCAGUCCAGGAUUGGCUCUCAGAGUAAACUACUCAAGUUUUCCCUUGGUCAGAAAAAGACCUCUAGACUUCCUGGCCCCUCAGCGAGAGUGUCCACUGCGGGCGGUGACACCACUCCACGAGGCUUGGUCAGUGGUGCUGGAAAUAGACGCAGCCAGGCCUUCAGUGACAAGACCAAAGCCAGCACACAGCUAAACAAAGAUUCCUCGGAUGGCAUGGUCUCACAGCCUUCGCAGAUAACAAAUGACAAUGUCACUUUGUCUUCAGUGACAGUCAGCUCCUCUACCAGCAUCCCUGCCAACUCUGCCCCGCUUCUGCCCUCAUCCACGCAUUCCACUGCCAUUCCCCACCCCAACAGCAGCAGCAACAAGCCCUGGAGGAGCAAAUCCAUGAGCUCUAAACACGUCUCUCCAGGUCCCUCUUCCAUGAGCAGCCUCCCGUCUGCCAUGCAAUCAACAAAGCAGGAGAAAGAGACCUCCUCUAAGGUUACUUUAGGAUCCGAAGCUCCUCCUAAAGUUGUCACGCAAAAGUCAAUGCUAGAGAAGCUUAAGCUCUUUAAUAGUAAAGGAAGCUCUAAAUCCUCCCCCUCGUCCAAUGGACUAAGUGCCCAAAGUGACAAUGCUGCAACCAGCAUGCAGCAUGUAGCAGGGCAGGUGGAGAAAGCUGAGACUGGCUCAAACACUGACCCCCUUGAGGAAGAUGAUGGCAAUCUCCGCCCGGGAACGAAUGGAAACAGUAAUGGAGCUGUUCCCUCUGCAGGUACCAAUGUUGCCAAUACUGCCAGCAGCCCCAAAAUGGCCUUAAGAGGCAUCGCCCAGCGCACUUUUAGCAAAGCUCUGACUUCCAAAAAGAGCUCCGCCAAAGGCCCUGACAAAGACAAGGAGCGAGGAAAGGAAAAGGAAAAAGGAAAGGAAGCGAGCAAACGGCUCACCUUGCAGGAAAGGACAGAACUCAGAGGAGAGGAGCCAAAAGAAGAUAUAACACCUGUAGGUGGAGACAUUGAUAGCUCAAACAAAAAGACCUCAAAAAUUGCCAGUUUCAUUCCCAAAGGGGGCAAAGUUGCCAAAAAGGAGAACUCCACCUCUGCACACAGCGGAAUACCAAAGCCAGGAGGUAAAAUUCCAGGAAUUGGGGCUAAAGCCUCUUCGAUAGGGACGAAGGACUCUGGGGAGAGACCACGGAGCAUGAGGCUUGGCACUGGUCUCGCCAUGCACCGAGGUCAUUUGGAGAAGGACAGCAAAAGCACGACCUGCAGCCAGCAUGUUACAGAGGGCAAGACUGGCUCUGCCCCUGUGGCUGGAGGAAGCAACACACAGAGCACAGCCAGCAACACAGUCAGUGUGCAGCUACCUCAGACCCAACAGCACCACAGCCACCCCAAUAUGGCCACUGUGGCACCUUUCAUGUACAGAUCCCAAACUGAUGGCGAGGGAGUUGUGAGCAGCGAGUCCAGCUCAGUAGGAAGAGGUGGUGAUGUUACUCUCAAUAAGAACAACCAGCCCUCCAUCGAGGACCUUUCAGGUGAAGACCCAGAAACCAGGCGAUUGCGAACUGUUAAAAACAUUGCAGACCUGCGGCAGAACUUGGAGGAGACCAUGUCCAGCCUACGCGGAGCUCAGGUCACACACAGCACCCUCGAAACCACUUUUGAUGGCAAUGUCACGACAGACAUCAGCAGUGGCAGCAACAGCAGUGGAGGUGGGAGAAGUAUCUUAAGUCUGACCUCGACAAGGCCCUCUUUGUCAUCAUGGCGUUUGGGUCAGUCUAGCCCUCGUCUUCAAGCGGGUGACGCCCCUUCUACGGGGAAUGGAUACAGUGGCCGUGUGGCGGGUGGCCAAGCGGGACGCUACUUGUACCCGGGGCACCUCAGACGGCAGCUGGCUGGCAGGAGUGGCAGCCUCGGCAGCGGGGACCUUGGAGACAGACCUGGGGAAGACGUAGACCUCGAUGGGCUCGCCAUGGAGGUCACUGGAUACAUGAGUGAUGGUGAUGUUCUCACCAAGAAUGCGUCACGCACUGAUGAUGUCACAAGUGGCUACAUGACUGAUGGAGGUUUGGGUUUGUACACACGUCGCUUGAACCGGCUGCCUGACAGCAUGUCUGCUGUUCGAGAGACUUUGCAUCGUAAUGCAUCGACUGGCCAGGGAGAUGCUGACAGUUGGGAUGAUAGCAGCUCAGUGAGCAGCGGAAUCAGCGACAACAUUGACACUGAUGACAUCAACACCAGUUCGUCCAUCUCCUCCUAUGCCAACACACCUGCUGCACAGCGCAAGGGACUCAGCAAGCAGCCUGUGACAGAUGCCGAGAAGCAUUCAGUGUCCACAGUGGUGCACCAGGUCUGGUCAGGAGACGAGUUGAAAAAGCCAGACAGUGAGUCGGACGGCGGUGUCAAAAUGGAGCCAGGAUCCAAGUGGAGCCGUCGAAACCCCUCUGACAUUUCUGAUGAGUCAGACAAAGGCGGAUCAGCAAGAAAGACCCCCUCGGUGUCCCACACUGGGUCCUGGCGGAGAGGCAUGAGCACUCAGGUGGGGGUGACGCCCCCUCGGACCAAAAGCACCAGUAGCACAUGUUGCACAAGUUCUACUAAAACCCACAGUUCAGGUAAAACAGAUGAUGUCAAGGUUUCAGAGAAGGGACGUCUGUCUCCACGUUCUAACGGCCUUAACCGCUCACCUUCUGAUGCUGCAGAUGAAAACAAGACACAAUCGCUCACUAGCAGCCACACAUCGGCACCAACCUCUCUCACGCACACACUUUCAGAACCCCAGACACAUGCCUCCCGUACACCGACAAGCACAUUUGGCUUCAAGAAACAGGGCCAUGGCACAGCAACCAUGGUAACUGCCAGUGGGGCCACCAUUACCAGUGGCUCAGCUACUCUGGGGAAAGUUCCAAAAUCUGGCGUACGCUCACUGGUGGGAUUGAAGACAGGUGGGCAGGAUGGGGCGUUGCUGCUAGGCCACCAUGAUGAUGGCUUCCUCCCUGUUAGUGCCCGCUCCAGCCUUCAAUAUCGCAGCCUCCCGAGGCCCGGCCGCUCAGGGGCAGCUGCCCGUAAUGGAAACCGCUCGUCCACCAGCAGCAUUGAAGCCGCCGUGCUCUCGGUUACAUCAUAUGGGAAAAAUGCAAUCAGCAUCACCAAGCCUAAUGGUUCGGGAUGUCUCCUGGCAAAUCAGACCGAUCGAGAGAAAGGCGUCUCAGAAAUUGACAAUUUCAGGAGUGGAGGAUCAGCAACUGUUCCUCUUACUGGAAGACAACCGGUUUCAUCACCGACACUACGCAGAUUGUUUGGUGGCAAGACCAACAAACAGGCUCCAGUCACCACAGCAGACAACAUGAAGAACUCUACUAUUAUCUCCAACCCCCAUGCUACCAUGAAUCAUGUGACCGCGGUGGUUGAGUCCUCUGAUGGAGGGCCGGGAGGCGUGGACAAUGAUACCAUCAGCCCAAUGUUCGGGGGACGAGUGCCUGGGUCCGGCACAGGUACACUGGGCAGCGAACAGGCUUCCAGUCCAGGCUCAGUCUAUUCCUCCACUGGCCCCUCAAACAGUCUAACGUGGGGCACAACAUUCAGCAGCUCCUCUGCCCAGAGCAGGGAGAGCACACUGGGUGGGCAUGGCGGAACAGGCAGCAUGGGCUAUCCCUCUGUCAGCAGCAUGCACACUAGCAGUGAGUCCAUUGACAUGAGCCUGGGUAGCGCCGGGGGAGGAGGGGGCCACGGGACCCAUAGGGAGGACACCUCGUCUGCCUUGGGCCGCACCGGCAGCGUCAAGAUGUCGGAAAGCCCCCUUUCUUCCCCCUCCGCUAGCCCUAAAUUCAGCCGAAACACUCUGCCUAGGAAACAGGACAGUGGGCCACUCUGUGGUAGAAACACUCUACCUAAGAAGGGACUCAGGUAUGGCCCGCCCCCUCAGCUGCGAGGCCCCGAGGAGGGUCGCGACUGGCUGCGUUCCCACUCCACCAGUGGGCUGCAGGAAUCAGCCAGUAACUCCCCCUUUUCCCCUGGCUCCAGUCUCACUUCCCCCUCCGGCACGCGCUUCAAUUUUGGACAGCUUGCAUCAAGCCCGACUUCCACAGCUCAGAUCAACCUGACCGGCCCGCGUAACAACAGCUUGACCAACCAAGAUGUCAGCUUUGACUCUUGCAACGACAACCGCCUGAGAAACUCCUGCAUGUCCCUCGAUGAGAAGACUCGUACCAUGAGCCGAUCAGGUUCUUUCCGGGAUGGUUUCGAGGAAGUUCAUGGCUCAUCCCUCUCCCUGGUCUCCAGCACCUCCUCCAUGUACUCUACGAAUGAGGAAAAGUCCCAGUCAGAGAUUCGUAAGUUACGCCGUGAGCUCGAUGCCUCCCAGGAGAAAGUUUCUGCCUUAACAACACAGUUGAGCGCCAACGCUCACCUGGUAGCAGCUUUUGAGCAGAGUCUCGGCAACAUGACCAUCAGGCUGAAAAGCCUCACCUUGACUGCUGAGCAGAAGGACUCUGAGCUGAAUGAGCUGAGAAAGACUAUUGAGCUGCUGAAAAAGCAGAACGCUGUCGCACAGGCUGCAAUCAAUGGCGUCAUAAACACCCCUGAUCUCACGGCAAAAAUGGACAGGACAGGUAGUAGUAACGGUAGUCUUCACCAGCAGCAGCAUCAUCAACAGCAACACCAACCAGACCUGCGAAUUAGGAGGCAACACUCUUCAGACAGUGUCAGCAGUGUAGCCAGUGCGACCAGCCACUCCAGCGUGGGUUCCAACAUGGACGCAGACGCGAAAAAUAAGAAGAAAAACAAGAAGAAUUGGUUGCGAAGCUCUUUCAAGCAGGCGUUCAGCAAGAAGAAAUCUCCUAAAUCAGCAUCCUCCCACUCAGACAUCGAAGAAAUGACCGAUUCGUCGCUGCCUUCCUCCCCGAAACUGCCUCACAACGGCACCACUGCUACCAAUCACAUGCUCAGGAACACGCACUCCAACUCAUUAUUGUCAGAGUGUUUGGACAGUGAGGCGGAGACAGUGAUGCAAUUGCGGAGCGAGCUCAGGGAGAAGGAGAUGAAACUAACUGAUAUCCGUUUGGAAGCUCUCAGCUCAGCCCAUCAGCUCGACCAGUUACGAGAAGCCAUGAACCGCAUGCAGCUUGAAAUCGAGAAGCUGAAAGCAGAGAAUGACCGCUUGAAGCUGGAGAAUCAAGGGAGUAGGGCAGGAUCCCAAGGCUCCAUCUCCUCCUCGACCCCCCAAACGCAUAGCCAGGCCCCUGCAUCCAGUGUGGGGAUCUCACAGCACAGUCUAAAUCUAGCCACCAGUGAGUCCACCAGUUUAGACAUGCUGUUGGAUGACAUAGGUGGAGAGGGCAGUUCAAGAAAGGAGGGUCGUCACGUAAAGAUUGUCGUCAGCCUCGAUGAGGGCUUGUGGGGGCAGGAGGCUCGGUCACCUAACUUUCUGAUUGGGUGCAUUGGUGUCAGUGGUAAAACCAAAUGGGAUGUUUUGGAUGGAGUAGUCCGCCGCCUCUUCAAAGAGUAUAUAACUCAUGUGGACCCAGCCAGCCAGCUGGGCCUGAGCUCAGACAGCGUGGAGGGAUACAACAUUGGAGACAUCCACCGGCCUCGGAGCCCCAGCGCUGCCCACACCCCUGAGCUUCUACCUUGUGGCUAUCUUGUGGGAGAUAGCAACACCAUUAACAUCCAGCUCAAAGGUGUGAGCAGCGACAGUGUGGAUUCGCUGGUGUUUGACACCCUUAUCCCAAAGCCAAUGCUUCAGCGCUACGUCUCCCUGCUGAAAGAGCAUCGGCGGGUCAUCCUAUCAGGGCCCAGCGGCACAGGAAAGACAUAUUUGGCCAACCAGCUGUCUCGAUACUUGCUGCUUCUAGAGGGCCGACCUCUAAAUCCUCAUGCUAUCGUCACUUUUAAUGUGGACCACAAAUCCAGCAAGGAACUUCGACAGUAUCUGUCAGGAUUGGCUGAACAGUGUAGCACGGUGGUUGGCGUGGAAAGCCCCCUAGUGGUCAUCCUUGAUAACCUGCACCAUGUCAGCUCGCUGGCCGAGAUCUUCAAUGGUGUAUUCAAUAGCAGCCACGAGACCAGCCCGUACAUCAUCGGCACCAUGAGUCAGGCGACGUCAUCAGCACCCAAUUUGCAGCUUCACCACAACUUCAGGUGGGUGCUGUGCGCCAACCACACAGAGCCAGUUAAAGGCUUCUUGGGUCGCUUCCUACGGAGGAAGCUGAUGGAAAUGGAAAUCGGCAGUCGAACGCGCAAUGCAGAACUGGUGAAGAUCAUAGAUUGGAUCCCGAGGGUGUGGCACCACCUCAACCGCUUCCUAGAGACGCACAGCUCUUCAGAUGUGACCAUUGGUCCUCGUCUCUUUCUAUCGUGCCCUAUCGAUGUGGAGGGAUCCAGGGUUUGGUUCACGGAUCUCUGGAAUUAUUCCAUUAUUCCCUACAUGCUUGAGGCUGUUCGAGAGGGAUUGCAGUUGUAUGGUCGCAGAGCGGCGUGGGAAGAUCCCGCUGCCUGGGUUAUUGACACCUAUCCAUGGUCGGCUCCGGCUGCUCCGGCCGAUUGGCCCCCAUUGCUGCAGCUGCGCCCAGAAGACGUGGGAUUUGAUGGCUAUUCCGCCCCAAGAGAAGGCAUCCGGAAAGAGCCGCCUCAAAGCGACAGUGAUGCGGACCCACUGAUGAACAUGCUGAUGCGCUUGAAGGAAGCAGCAACGUCGUCGAGCCCUCAGAGCUACGACAGUGACUCGAACAGCAACAGCCACCAGGAUGACAUCCUAGACACCUCACUGGAGUCCACGCUGUGACGUGUUAGAUUCAACGCUCGUGAUCUGUUUCCAAGAGGAGCUACCUGUACACAACAGGUUACUCUCACUGUGACAACUUGAGUAUAGUAUCACGCCAACAAAAUCCAGCCACCUUAAUUUGGGUGCAGGCAACCCAAAUAUUUAGGAACAAUUGCAUUUCAGAAGUCAACAAAGUUUUUUGCUGCACUGUGUUGUAUUUUUGUUUUGAUUUUUCUUUUUCACCACUGUGGCCCGCGGCUCCUCUGUGAAGGAGCUUGACAUCAGCAUCACACAGAAUAAAAGCACAUGGCCUGCCAAUGUUCAAGGCAUCAUUGCGAUCAGCACCAGCCAUCAGUCAACUAACGCCCCAACGAGUUGCACAUAGGCGGUAAUGUAGCUAGGAGCCCUCCAGGCGGCGACAUAUGCUCUGCGUCUGCUCUUAUACUGAAAAGUUUACUGGCCAGUUUGCUGCUGCACCACACUACAAUUAUGACACUAUUGCGCCAAUUCAAGUCAUUCAGCUUGUCAUUCAAAUUGACUAUAUUAACAUGCAUAAUGAUGUAGCAAACACACCGGCAAACACUGUACUACAUUUGGGGUGAAAUUACAAACGUAACGAGAUGAUGAAAACAAUUGAAAUAGGCUUCAAGUAAUUGGACAGAAUUUUCAUUCUUUUAAUGUUCACUUGUAUGUGAUCUUGCAUGAUUAAUAUUCACAGCUUUACCUCCACACUUCUUGCUCUUAAUCCAUAAUACCAUUAUGGUCAUUGGUAGCAGAAAAUCUAUCGGUGCUAUACUGAGUUCAAACAAAAAUGCCUUACUUUGUUUUGGUAUAUUUUUUUUACUAAUGUGCUUUCAGUUCUUUUUUCUUGGUCUUCAAGGCUUUCAACGUUGAGGGCUCAGAUUCGACUGUGUCCUCCGAGUUUCUGAGGUGACAUGUCGACAAUUAAUCAACACCAAUACUAUGUGAAUAAAUAGAAUGAGUGAAUGGGUCAUAAAGUUGGAAUUUCAAUGCAAGGCCCACUGAUUACAAGCUGACGGAGAAUAUUUUUGCUGUUCCAUAUCAAAUGUGGAGUGAUUGGGUAAGAGAAAUUUGAGGUUUGUUACUUUUUUACCUCAUCCUAUCUGAACAGCCUUUGAUCACACACUGUUUUGGUUAUUUUAAAAAUUAUCGGGGAGUGUGGAAACAAGUAUACUGUAUAUGCUGCUGUGUUUAUAUAUGUUGCUAAAACUGGUUGGAGUUUAAUGUAUUUAAAUACACGGGGUUUAAAGAUGAUGCAAAAAGAAGACUAUUGAACAUUGUUUCUAAACCUCAAAGCUGCCUUUUAGGUUGCGCAGACAAGCAGUUCAAGUCAUUUAGCCCGGCACUGCUUUUAUUCAAUGUCAGUGUUUUUUGUCCUCAAUUCUAUGCAACAUUCAUCGGGAUCUUCAGUGGAAGCCAAAUGCUGAAUGUUUACUGAAAGAGACGUGCAGCUUGGAAGUACGUCACUCUGGUGACCCAUUCGUAUUGUGUGUGUGUUUGGGUCCUCGUAAGCACAAAACAGACUUGUGUCUGCUCUAAAAGGUGUGGAAGUUGUUGAAGCAUUUAACUAGUUUUGCCAGUUGUGUGUGUGUUUUUUUUUUUUUUUUUUUUUUUUUUUAACUUACAAGCUCAGUGAAUGUUUAGCCUUCUUUGCUAUGUAACAUACUGUAACUUUGUAAAUAGUUCACAAUAUUUCAGCGUUUUGGACUACACUUUUCUAGCUGAUUUGUUACAGUACUUGAAAAGGUGUAUUUUGUGUACAGUCUCUUUACAUCUGAGCAUAUUGGUGCUUUUUGUCAUCGCUGAGAUUCUGAUAUCACUGUCCUAGUCUUAAGUUAUUGUGAUUUAAUUAAAAGAUUAUUUAUGGUUGGA